CCUUCCCGCCGCCUCGACUCCGUCGACCGUCCCCGCCGCCUACGCCACACCUUUGUGUCGGCAUCUCCCCCGGCCACCGCGCCGCCACCCCCGCGGGCCGUAAGCACCAAGGUUCUGCAAACGGUCUUUUACUGCACUUGACUGAAGAAGUAGGUGUCUGCUAUAUCCUGCACUUGAGCCCUGCAUCUCAUCAUCCUCUUCAGUUUAUAACUGAUGUUGGUUUGGCUGCCUCUCAUGCUGAAAGCAAGGUUUCACCUUGCCGACAGGCUGAUGGUUCUCCAAGUGCUGAAGUAAUGGGGCCAGAGGUUAGCCUUCCAGAGGAUAUCAUUUGGAAGAUACAUGCCCUUAUGCCUAUUCAAGAUGCCGCUCGUGCUGCCUGCUUGUCUCAUGAUUUUCUUCACUCUUGGAGAUGCUAUCCCAAGCUCAUAUUUGAUAUGAGAGCACUAGGCAAACAAACAAGGGAUUUUAUCAACAUAGUUGACCACAUCAUGCGGAAUCACUCUGGCGUUGGGGUGAAGACAUUUAAAUUGCAAACUCGCGAUGAGUUCACUGUGCAUCCAAGUUAUCUUGAUCGCUGGCUGCAAGUUGCAAUUAUACCUGGGAUCACAGAAUUUACGCUAGGGCUCCCCAUAAAUAGCAAGAUGAAAUAUUACUUUCCUGGUUCACUUCUAUCUCCUGAGGCAGCACACUCAAUCUAG